CGUCGUGCAACUUUUCCGCAUCGCGCUGCAGUUCUACAUUUUUGUACUUCCUCAUUGAGAGUUGCUCUUAGAGGGAACGCGUUUCUCGUGCAUUUAAAACAAUUAAACUGAUUAUUUUGUUAUAAUAUAGAACGAAAUUAUCAGAGAUGUCCAAGCCUCCUCCAAAACCGGCCAAACCAGGUCAAGUGAAGGUCUUCAGAGCUCUGUUCAACUUUGACCCCAGAACACCAGACGAACUGUACUUUGAAGAAGGAGACAUUUUGUACGUUUCGGAUACGAGCGACAGCAACUGGUGGAAAGGAACCUGUAAGGGUCGGACAGGUCUGAUCCCCAGUAAUUACGUCGCUGAGCAGGCCGAGUCCAUAGACAACCCCAUGCACGAAGCCGCCAAACGAGGAAACCUGAGCUGGCUGCGGGAAUGUCUGGACAACAAGGUGGGAAUCAAUGGACUGGACAAGGCUGGCAACACCGCCCUGUACUGGGCGUGUCACGGUGGACACAAAGAUGUGGUGGAGCUUAUACUGGGACAUGCUAAUGUUGAGCUGAACCAACAGAAUAAACUGGGCGACACGGCGCUGCAUGCAGCCGCGUGGAAGGGCUACUCCGACAUCGUGGAGAUGUUGCUCAGCAAGGAUGCCAAGAUGGACAUCAGGAACAACGAGAAGAAGCUGGCCCUGGAGAUGGCCACCAACGCGCAGUGCGCAUCCCUACUGAAGAGGAAACAAGGAAACAGCACAAGUCGAUCUCUCAGCAACGCGGAGGAGUAUCUGGACGAUGAGGAUUCUGACUGAAUGGCCCAAGUGUUGAGCUUUUCCACUCUGGAGGUGGGGGGGAGGGGGGGCGGGGGUGGGCAGGGUGCGGGAGAGCUGGGGUGGGGAGGUUCGGUUAGCAGUUUGCAGCUGCGUGCAUCCCUCACGAAACUAAAAGGAAAUAAACCUUUAGUUCCACAAGCAGAGGAACCAUCGUUCAAAGUUCUUUGUGAAAAUGAGUCCUUACAUUGUUGAACUGAUUCUCUGAGAUUUUUGGGAUAUAUAAACCGUGUGUGCUUGCUCUCUUUAGUUUUGGUAACGAAAUACAGUGGAAUGCAGGGGGAGAUUUGGACACGUUACCCUCCUGAGUAUUUUGUUUUGUUUUGCGAUUGAAUUUUAGAUGCAGUUUGAGAUUGCCCUCUUCCUCUGUACAUACCUUAAAACUGCAGCCCUUUUCAUUUUGCACAUUCUUGUGCCUCUAAGAGAGUGUCUGUAUUAAUCUUUGUAUUCAAACCGUUUUAAUACAAACAGUGGACCAAUCAUUAAAUAUUUAAGAGCGCAACUGCAUUGAAAUUGCCUCUACGUAUGCAAUCGUUUUUUUUUCUUUUUUUGUUGUUUUUUGUGAGCGAUACAGCUAUUAUUCUGUAUCUUCCUUAUUCUUUUAUUUUCUUACUGUAUGAUCUUUUGAUUUUAAAAGCUCUGCUUAUCUGUCCCUUUUGAAAAAAGGAAAAAACUGCAAUAAAUGGAUUCAAUCUGA